AUGCCAUCAUCAUCACCACGUGUAGUAACAGGUGGAGUAACGACACCAUCAGAGCCAUCAUCAUCAAUUUCAGAAAUACAAGUUGAAACGGAAAAAAGUCCUACAUGUGGUUAUACGAGCCUAACGGACCUUCCUCCAAUAAAGGUGAAUAAAUCAACUUCAACACAUGAAGAUGGGAUAAUCUUUCAUCCAUCUUCAAAUAAUCACUACUCAAGAAGAACGAAGGAUACUAAACCUACAAGUGCAACUUCACACCAACGUCCAAUGAUAAACACUUCAUUUU